UCCUCGCAGAUCAUCCUUAUUUGUAGAAAAUUUUCUUCUCUUGUAAUCACUCUCUCUUCAUCUGAUGAAGUUUUCUGUAUGCCCUUGAAGUUAGGUCAUUUGCAAUUCCUUUAUUUUCGAUUUUGAGGACUUGUUCAGAAAAUUGAGGGAUCUAUGGUGCCGUGAAGACGAUGAGACCAUUUUCUUCAGAUCUUGAGGGGCAGGCACGACGUUCCAAAGUCACAGAAUUUUCAACAAAGAAAUGGGAAAGAACACAUCUUUCAGCUUCAUUCUGGAACAAGAUGAUUGUAAUCUCAUGUGCUAUUGCAAUUUCCCUAGAUCCCUUGUUCUUAUACAUUCCAUUCAUCGAUGGGGAAAAGAAAUGCCUUGGAAUGGACAAAAAGUUGAGGAAUGUGGCUCUAAUUUUGCGAUCUGUAACGGAUAUCACUUUCUUGGUGGAUAUUGGAUAUACAAUCUAUGAAGGUAUGAAGAAAGCCUACACGGAUAUCAACGAAGGAGAUGAGAUAAUUCCAUUUGCUAAGAAUUUAGCUCGGGAGUUGGAGUGGUGUUCUUUGGUGACUGACCUUCUGUCUGUUUUUCCCAUGCCACAACUUCUUGUAGUAAAGGUUUUUUCCAAAACGAGAGGGUGGGGAUACUUGGAACGGAGAAAAGUUCUCAACUCUUUUCUUCUCAGCCAGUAUUUUGCGAGGAUUGGUCGAAUUAUCUUAUCAUCUAAGCAACUUACAUGGACUACUGGAAUACGGAUGAAAGCCGUAUUUAAUUUGUUUCUUUACAUUCUUGCUAGCCAUGUUCUUGGAGCCUUAUGGUACUUCUUUUCCAUUCAACGAGAGAUCUCAUGUUGGUAUUGGGCUUGCAAAAAACAUCCAUAUCAUGAAGGAUGCAUGAGCACCUUUUAUUGUGAUGAUCACAUUACUUCUACAACAGUUAUCGCAUUUUUAAAUGAAUCUUGCGGUACAGAUGUUCCAGAUAAUACUAAGCCGCUGUUCGAUUAUGGAAUAUUUCUUGAUUCUCUUGAGAUUGGUAACACGAGGCAUAUACAUUUUCCAACCAAGUUAUGCUACUGUUUCUGGUGGGGCCUAAGAAAUCUCAGCAAUUUUGGCACAAAUCUCGCAACAAGUAAUUAUGCGUGGGAAAACUUUUUUGCAAUUCUAACUUCCAUCACUGGCUUGCUACUGUUUGUAUAUCUCAUUGGAAAUGUUCAGAUAUUUAUCCAAAUGGAAACUACAAAAUCAGAGAAACUAAAGCGGAAGAAUUUCUUCGAUCAAAUAAGGCAGAAGAUAGAAUUAAAAGGGCCAGCUAUAGAAGCCUGGAUGGCGAAAAAUGGCAUUCCUGAUGAUAUGAAGAAGGAGAUCAUGGAAAAUAUAAAUAAAAAAUUGAAAGAGGACAAAGAUGCUGAUCUAGAGAAUCUAUUCAAUGUUCUUCCUUGGUAUACGAAAAAAUCUCUAAAGCGUUUUCUUUGCUUGAAUAUUCUGUCACAAGUACAACUCCUUAAAGAAAUGGAUGACCAAGUGCUGAAAAUGAUGUGUGACUAUCUGACGCCAGUGACGUACCCAGAAAAUAAAAUCAUUUUUCGAAAGGGGGACCCAAUGGAUCGCAUGCUUCUCAUUAUAGAAGGUACAUUAUUGAGGUGCAGCACAAAUCCUGAUCCUAGCCUUACUCAUGGUGGCGAAACAAAAAAAGAUUCUGGAUCAAUGGCCACUAAGGAAGUUGUUGAGAAACGUGAGGUUUAUGGAGAAGAGCUUCUGACGUGGGCAUCGGCAUCGCCCAGCGGAUCGGGUCAGUUUAAUCUUCCUACCUGCCCUGAAAAUGUGAGGUGUCAUACAAAUGUAGAAGGCUUUGCUCUCUCAGCCAUGGACUUGACAAGUGUAGCCUCCAAAUGCAAACGCCGGUGGAGAUUACGAAAAUACUUUAAAGAGAAUGGUGGCGAACAUUUGAAGGAGGCCACAAACAAUUAUGCUGUAAGAAACGAAAUUGGUAGCGGAAGGUAUGGAAUUGUUUACAGAGGGACAAGUGUAGCCUCCAAAAGCAAAUGCCGGUGGAGGAGAUUACGAAAAUACUUUAAAGAGAAUGGGGACAAAGCCAAACAAAAAUACUCGGAAGCCAAUGGUUUUCUAGUUUUACAGGAAACAAUGGGUCGUUUGGGGAAAACAGCCAGAAUCUUUACUGAAAAUGAAGUUAAGGAGGCCACAGAGAAUUAUGAUGGAAGUAAAAAAGUUGGUGAGGGAAGGUAUGGAAUUGUUUACAAAGGAAUACUAAAAGUUGGUGAAAGUAAACAAAGGCUUGCCAUAAAGAAGUCAAAAGUUAAGGUCCAAAUUGACCAAAAUGAAAUUACCUCCCCAGUUGAUGACCUAAAACAAAUUACCCAGCAGCGAUUUAUUAAAGAGAUGAUUGCUCUUUAUCAAAUCAGCCAUAAAAAUAUUGUGAGAUUCGUAGGUUGUUGCCUAGAUACCGCAAAACCAAUAUUAGUUUAUGAGCUCAUGAGGAGAGGCACUCUUUAUGAGCAUAUUCAUGAAAAAGAAGGCAAAAAUCCAUCACCACUUCCAUUGGCACGGCGGUUGAAGAUAGCAGCCGAGACGGCAGAAGCCUUAGCAUUCUUGCACCACGACACUGGCAUGCAAAUAAUACACUGUGAUGUGAAAACGGCUAAUAUACUAUUAGAUGAGAAUUGGACGGCAAAACUGUCCGGCUUUGGAGCUUCAAGAUUGGGUCCUGAAGACCUUGAUUCAAAGUCAAUCACCCUUACAGAAAAGAGCGACGUCCAUAGCUUUGGAGUUGUGCUAGCGGAGCUGUUAACAGGCUUAGAGCCACAGAGAAACCUAGCGAAAGUCUUUGUUGGCUUGGUGGAAGGGGGUACGUUGGAUAAAAGUCUUGAUGAAGAAAUAGUGGAGGGACAUUUUGAUAUAGUCAGAAAAGCUGCUGAUCUGGCAAAAAGAUGCUUGAAGCCAAAAGCGGAGGAAAGGCCUUCCAUGAAAGAUGUAGCCGCAGAGCUAAACGGAUUAGUGCGAACGAUGGAACAGCAUCCAAGUGGAGGAGGAGAGGCUGAUAUCUCUCCAUCUCCCAAAGAUACGGGCAACUUGGGUGGGUCAUCUGCUUCAAGUGCUUCCGUUGGGGAUAUUAUAACCAGUGCACUGUGAGAGAGCAGCAUGCAAAUAACGCCUCUUGGUCUUGGAUUGCGAUAAUUAGUUGACUUGUUUGUUAUUAUUCUGUUCAAAGUUAAUUUCCUAUAUUUAAGGAUAUUGUUAUCAAUUCAAGAUUUUCUGGUUGAAAAGCAUGAAAUCAUUUUUUAUAUGUGCUUUACCCUUUUACCAACCCUGCAUCGACAAUCUCUUUUUCCUUUCCUUUUUAUUUUUGUCUAUUUUUUAUAUUUUAUUACAUUAUUUUCUUGUUCCUUUUACUUUCUUGUGCUGUGUGACACAAGUGAAUUCUAUCUCCAGCUAGGAUCAAUUGUCAACAAUGCCGUUCUUGUCAGAGCAAUACUUGGUCUAGUGUUUUCUGAGUGGUUAGUAACAAUGGUGAUUUUUCAUAUAAAGAUGGUCUUUGACUCAUGCUGCCCUUGCGGGUAGGUAGUAUAUGAUUUGUAGAGCCACUUUCAGUGGCCAUGUUGACAAACUGCUGUGUAACUAGGUUGCUUCUUGGAGAGGUCAAUGCUCUGCAUUUCAGAGCUGAUAAACCUUGUUUGAGUCGGAAAUCAGUUCUGUUAUGUCCAGGUUUUCCCCCAAGAGAAGAUCCAUGUGGUGGUUUGAUUUUUCUUUUGGUUACAAGGGGAAUUGAGUCUACAAUCUGCCCUCACCCAUGCCAAUUGAGUUAAGGCUCAU